AUGGAACGUCGACUCACAUCUAGAAAUGUGAGCCUGGACUGGGUUGAGCAAGAUGAUCAAGUUGUGGAUCCCGUCUCAUCACAUCUUAUCCAAAAUACAUACUCCCGGCUGAAACUCCAGUACGCAGAAAAGUUGCGUCAGAAUUGGGUCGAACAACUUGAACCACCCAACCAAGUCCUCGAGCAGCUGUCUCUCGCCGCAUGUCUAAUUGAGCUAUGGAAGAGCAUGUACGGCGCUCUACCAGCAACAGAACAACAGCCAUCGAAAAGCACAGCGCCGUUCCCAGGGUUCGUGGACCUGGCUUGUGGAAAUGGUAUCCUCGUAUACAUACUUCUCAUGGAAGGAUACAAGGGCCUAGGCUUCGACGCUUGCCGCCGAAAAUCCUGGGAGACAUUCCCAGCCGAGAUACAGAAAUGCCUAGAAGAGAGAAUCUUCAUCCCUCGGCCCUUUGCGGAUGUACUGGACCAAGGAAUUGGUGUGGAAAUACAUACGGGGAAUUUCCCCGAUGAUACAUUUAUCAUAUCCGACCACGCAGAUGAGCUGACCGUAUGGACUCCUAUAAUGGCUGCUCUCUCGAAUCCCUCGUCGCCAUUGCCGUUCUUUGUGAUUCCGUGCUGUUCGCGUUCACUUGCUGGUUCUUCGUAUCGCUACCCCCCGCCAAAGAGUGCGGAUGGCAAUCCUGUUGCAGGGAAAGUCGAUGAUGCUCUAGAGCAGAAUCCACAGCCUGCGUCUGGUGACCUGAGGGCGCUUCGUGUGAUCAAGAUGGAGGAGAAGACUGAGAGCGGGUUUCUGAAUUCAAUGGUGGGUUCUCUUGCUGCGAAAACAAUGAGUAUUGCGGAGGAAAUUGGGUUCGAUGUUGAGAAGACAUGGUUACGCACUCCAGGUGCGAUUAACAUGGUGUUGAUUGGAGGUCGACGACAAGUUGCAAGGGAGUGGGUAAACUCGGGUUCUAGAGGUUCUCCAACGGAACCGGAACAAGGAGAUGGUGUUUUGAAGAAGAUCAUGGAAGUUGUUGAGCGUGAAUGCUCCAAGGAUGGUGGCAUACAGAUAGCUGCUAGGCUCUGGGUUGAACGGACGAAGAGUCUUCACCAGGGACAGGGGAUAAUGCACCAAGUUAACUAA